AUGAAAACAAACAGAGAAAUUUUAGAUUGGUUGAAUAGAUGUAAAUGUGGAAAAUUGGAACUAAGGAAACAUUUAAAUACAAUUGAGUAAAUAAAAGUAUAAUUCAUUUAAAAUUCGAUUAAAAGUUAGAUAUGAUGUUGAGUAAUCAAAAAGUAUAAACAUUGAAAUCUAUUUCAUCUUCAAAGAUGAAUCCAGAUUGUCGGACUGCUGAAUCUGUAUAUGAAGAUAAAAGAUAAUAUAGUCUAAUAUAACAUGGCAAUUAUUCUGAUGAUUAAGAUUAUAGAGUGUUUAUUAGUAAAAAUAACUAUUACGAUACUAAUUAAAUAUAGAAUUAGAGAUCCAUUAAAAAACCGAUAUUAUAGGAAUUUUCUGGUAAAUAAGAUUCAGAUACUAUUGAUGAUAUAUUUAAAUUAUCCUAAACAGAUUAAUCAAUGUCUUAAUAGUAAUUUAUUUCCAAUAAAGAUUUUUAUGAAUCUAAUAAAGAAAAGUAAUAAUAUGGAAUAAAUAAUAAAGAUGAAAAGAUCUAUUAAAAUAAUUAAUAUAACACUCAAAAUUUUGAAAUUUAUUAAGAAAUUUCAUUAAAAGAAUCAUUAUAUCAAAUAGAUAAAAGAAUUAAAUAAAUUUAAAAAGAAGAAUUUUAAAAAAGUUAUCAAAAUGAAAACAAGACAUUUGAUCAGUAUUAUUAAGAAUAUGUUACAGAUGAAAUAUCUAAUAUAUAACAUGAAAUAUAAGAAAUGCAAAAGUAUAAAUAUUAAGAAAAUAUGUUUACAGAUUCUUGAAAAGAAUUUAAACAGCAAAAGACAAAUUGUCUAGCAGUGUCUAAGAUUUGAGUUAUCAAAAUAGUUAAAGAUCUAUGUAAAAAUUGAAUCAAGAUUUGGAUAUAAUAUAAACUUUAAGAAAUAAAAUGCAAAAUUAAUUACAAAAUAAUGUAGAUGAUAAUAAAUUAUUACGAUUGAGAUAAAUGAAAUAAUAGAUAUAAGAAUGCUUUAAUGAUAUUGAAGAAGAGAUAAUUAAAUUAAGUAAAUGA